GACCUAGUAUUUAUUAUUAUCAAUUCUAAAGAUAGAAAUGACUUACACYAAUUUGCAACGAAGCGUCUAUAGUACAGAUGAACUUUUGCUUUGAUAAUUAGACAGCUAAACAAAUAUAUUUUUGUUAUGAUCAGUACGAUUUUAAAGGAGCUGUGCGUAAGAAUGAUGGCAAUUUGACAUAGACUGUCUGAGAAAUGUUCAAAAUUCAAGGGACAAGUCAUAUAUUUUUGUCGUGUUGUAAUAUUUUAACCUGAGAGGAUGGCUAGGUGAAGCAACUUCAAAAAUGAUGAUUGGAGUCACGUGGUGUGAAGUCAUGUUUCUAGCUGUGUUAGCCAUGGUGMUGGUUGGGAAGCAUGGAGCAGUUGAACUGAACCUAAAAUUUUUCCAAUUCCAAAGCCAAGGAGAAAUAUGGUUGAAGAAUCCACCCAACUUCAGAUCUGUCCCAAUAUCACUGUCAACCUCGGCUGCAACAGACAGCUCAAUUUAUAACCCUAUUUUUGAAGUCAGUUGUCGAAUGGCUGGGUUUCGUGGACCAGCUACAUCAAUGUAUACAGGAGAACAUCAGAACAAAAAAGAAACAUUUCGAUUUGCAUUUGUUGUGACGAAAUGCAGUAGCAAAAAAGAAUCAUCGUUGUUAAAUUGUAUAAUUUCGGACAGACCACAAACGUCUAGGAGAUAUAAACUGGAGAGGAUUAACUGUGGCUACCCAUCAGAUAAAGUGACGUUAGGUAAUUUGACAAAUCAAUCGAGUUCUUCAAAUCAUAGCUCGUCUUCUAAAGCUUAUGUCCUUGAUGAAGAUCCCAAUAGCUGCUUUUCUACUAAAAAGGAAAAAGAUCCUUGGCUUGAAGUGAGUCUACAAGAAAGUCCAUUAUAUAUUCACACUCUUACUCUAUACCUCACAAACUCCACAAAAGAUCUAAGUGUAGAAGUGUAUGAGAAAGCCUCGUCGCCUACCAUCAAAUGCCGUGUAACGGAAGUAAAAGCGAARGAACACACUCUCAAAUGURAMACAAGGUUCAARACAAACACUGUGARGAUURGAUUGAAGGGCGAAAACCUUCAACUUGGGCUAUGCAGAAUCGAUGUAUUUGCUAUUAAAGAAAACGAAAAGGAAAAAAGGAUCCAAGGGACUUACCUGGAUGCUUGGGACGMUGAGCCUAGCGAAAAGGGAUCAAUUAUUAAGUUUGACACGAUACUAACAAACCAUCCCGACCAACGUCAGUUCUUGCCAYUGUUUGACAUCAAGAAUGAAAAGACAAUAUUUCAAGAGACUAUGAAACAAGCAGCGUUCGUCAUGGUAUCAAGUGGGGGUACCUACUCCUUUGGCGUGGCUUGUAAAUACGAUUGUGAAGUGUGGUUCAAAAGAGUUGAUGAACAUGGCCUCUCUGAUCCAGGAACUCAGGAAGAGCUUCUAAUAAAAUAUGGUGCAUCGCAGUUUGAAGAUAAAUAUGAUGAGAGUUCAGAGCAAAGCAAACAAGUUCAACUCAGCAAAUGUCACGUGUACCAUCUCAACCUCUAUACAUACAUAGGUGGUACUAUUGAUAGGGGUUUUACAAAYAUGGCCGUAAAAUUACCUGGAAAAGACGAUUGGUCAGUACAUGAUGAUGCUGUCAAAAAAUUAUUUUUCUGGACAAGACCAGGGUCAAGAAAACUCCACUUUAAGAUAUCCAACAAUAUAAAGACUCAGGUUAAUCUUGGUUCAAACUUUACCAUAGAAGCCGUGUACAAGUUUUGCUGUGAAGGAUUUAAGUGUCCUCGUUGUCCUAUAUCAAUCAAGAUGCACAUAUUGGACAAAAUCAUCCCUGUUAACGACAGCGUAAAAGUCAACUGUAGUAUAGAACAUAGAAUGAUAUACGAAACGGACGUCGUUGUUCAACCUGCAAACUACACAAUACAGAUAAGUUACUCGUUCGUGGGCGACAUUUCCAAUUGGGAGGAGAAACRAACUAUUAGCAGCCUUCAGGUCAUAGCAUCGGUGAUCUAUCGUUGUGCGUUUGAUGAUGCAUCGUGCUUUAAAAAAUGGACAGUCAUUGUUGAACCCGCUGACAAAAAUGUGACGAGAAUUCGACGUGCUGUUGUGAAGCGAGAUGCUGUCAAAGAUUGUAUUCAAGAGCAAAUCAUUAAUCAACAACGCUUCGGUUGCCAUUAAAAACUUUGAAGUUUCAACUUCUAAAUGCGAAUUUCUUCCGACUCAUGCUAARCCAGAUUUCCAGUGUAAUAAAAUAACGCAAUUUCAGUGUUACAAUAAGCGCUGUGUUGAUAAAAAAUACCGCUGCAAUAUCGACAAAGAUUGCAUCGAUGACUCAGACGAAGAUGGAUGUGUCUGUCCGGUUGGAUAUUUCACAUGUCUUAACAACGAUUGCAUUGAGUACAAACAACUUUGCAAUGGUCAUCCUGACUGCAGCAAAGGAGAGGAUGAAGAACGGUGUGAAAAAUCCUGUAAAGGUCAUCAGUGUUUUGAUGGYGAAUGCGUCACUGGUUCYUGCAGCUCYACAGUCUGCGAAGACAAAUCUCAUCUCUUUUCAAAGUGCAAAUAUUGCAAGUCACGUGAUAUUGAAAGAUGUGGAAAGCAGCUUGAUUCACAGUGUCAGUCGCUACAAGGUAUUUGUGGUUUUGACAAUGGUCCAUGUGGACUUUCUACCAACUCCACCCACCCAUGGGUUAUAUAUACUCCUGCUGGUAAAGAUGGAUAUCCGAGCUACGAUCAUUCGAUGAACGAAAACGAUGGUAGUUUAUAUCUCUUGGAGCCGAGCAAAAAUAAAACAAGUAGCCAAGUGACAAAAAAGUGGACCAAGUCAUCUCCUUACUGUUUUCAAUUCUGGUACAUUCUUCCAAAAAAUUCAGAUUCUUCACUAGAAAUACGUCUUGACAGUGCAAAAGGCUUGGUUACUCUUUGGGCCAUGCGCAGAGGUGUGUCUGACGAAUGGUCAUUUGGCCAGGUAGAAAUACCUGGUAAUUCUAUUGGACAAUUGAUGAUAACUGGUUAUUCAAGUGAACGCUAUGUUGCCUUGGAUGAUCUCAACUUUAUUGAGGGAAAAUGUUCCAUAAUCAAAACUCAAGAUCCUCCUAAUUGUUAUUUUGACGGCAACGAGAAAUGUUCGUGGGCAAUAGACAGUCAGUGGAAACUAGAAUCGAGUAAAUUACAAACAGGUUACAAGCAGAAACAUCAGAAAGAUUCGUACUUAAAGCUCUCCCAGUCCCUCUCAUCCAAGAAGAUUGUAGGCAAGAUAUCAAGUCCUUUGAUUCACCCCAAGGCCCAUGGAUGGAGGUGCAUGCGAUUUUGGAUUUAUAGUGGAGAGGCGCAUUUGAGUAGAAAAGUAGAGRUCUUUUUCGUUAAUAAUACCAACGCAAGCACACUUGUAUCAAGCUAUAGCAGUAUCGAUAAUAGAUGGACUUAUGUACAGCAACCUCUACCACAAGAUAAAGAAAACUUAAAGGUGGUYAUCCAAGGCUCUAUGGAUAGCGGUGCUGUAUUGGCGUUGGACGAAAUUACAUUGUCCAAAUUUGAUUGCCAAAAAAUACCAGUACUGGGAGAGGAAUGYAGGUUAUACAGAAACCUCGACACUCAUGAACGUAGAGAAAAGGAGACUAUUCAAAGCGGCGCCCUAACCGACGAAAUGCUCAGCCUGAAGAACUGGUACCGAAUCAGGAAAAACGCAGGCAACCAUAUAUCUCAGAAAUGCGUUAACAUUACAAAUGGUUGUUCAGCACAAAUACAAGCUUGGAUCAAUGGCUCAAUACCAACUGUCCAGGAAGGUCCAGUAAAGAGGACRUUGUAUCUACGAUUUAAAGGCACAUGCGACAAAGGUAAAGGUGCUAUCACYGUCAGAAACUGUGGUGAUUUUGUGGUAUACAAGCUCGCGAAUUUUGGUAUAAGCUACAGUGACAUGAAGUAUUGUUCCUCAUAUAAUCAUGAAAUGGAAGUAAAAAAAMUUAAUAUUAUCGAAGAAUGGAAAAACUGGCUCAACAACUCAACCGAUUUACAGUGGGGUCUACUCAAAGAAAAGCAAUUCCAAGAUAUCUCAGACAAAAUUGGGGUUCCUGAGCAGGACGUCGCGAACGAGGCCAGCCACAUUGAUUUCCUGAUAAACGGAUCAGCCUCUUUCAAAGUUUAUACAAUAGGGAAAUUCAAGACGUUGACUGUUUGCCUUUGGUUGUCAUUUUUAAACACUUCAUCAGUGAGCCUAGCAGUGGAUAUCAACAGUGCUGGCUAUGCAGUUACAUUGACGGGUACACCAAACACUUGGCGACACUUGUGCUUUACGUGGAAGUCUGCAUACGGUGUUUGGCAGUUUUACGUCGAUGGUGUUGCGACGGACGACUACAAGACUUUGCUUCACGACAUGAAGACAUUAUCCAACGCGACAAUAACCUUUAGUUUUACCUCUAACUCAACGUCACGGCUGUCUAUCACUAAUCUAAAUAUAUGGGAUACAAUUCUGGAAGAUGAAGAGCUUCUCUACAUGUCGUACAAAUGCACGAGCCAUAAGGGAAAUGUGGUGAAUUGGGAAGAGUUYCKUAAAACAAACCCUCCUGGUGCAGUCACUCGACAMAACUCRACGUGUACUGGKAAACAAGGAAACAUCCUCGGCUUAAUUACAAACACCGAUACAACGACUACCAAGACUGCAACAUAUGUAAGCCCGCGAUACCAAAGGUCAUCUGAAUCACCAAKAAAAUGCCUUAGGUUUAGGUACAAGCUGUGGGGGCAUGGAGCGAGUGCUCUUAAGCUGUAUCAAGAUGAUCAACUUGAGAACGGGUUGCCAAGGAGACCGAUAUGGACGGAUGACGACAACAAAUCUGGUGCAUGGCGGGACGGUCAAGUGUCGUUGUCUGGUUUAUCGGACUUUAAGAUUAUCAUAGAAGGCAAGACCAAAAAUGGCCCAGGGUUGUUUUCCAUAGGAGCUCUUUAUACGAAAGAUGAAUACUGUCCCACAAUACCCAGUCAAGCACAGAAAGCCUGCAAUGAAAUUUUAACAUCRAGUACAGGAUACGUCAUCUCGCCGUAUUAUCCUGGUUACUAUAGCAACAAUGCUAACUGCACAUGGACUAUCGAAGCAGAGCCUAACCACGUGAUUAAAUUGGAAUUCCAAGAAUUUGAACUGGAAAUGAGCCCGCGAUGCGAAAACGAUUACUUAAAGGUGCAUGAUGGGAAAACRCCUUCUUCGCCUAUGAUUGGUCGAUAUUGUGGCGAAGGAUACCCCAAGAUCAUUCAAUCGACCUCUAAUAACMUUCUCUUGGAGUUUAAUAGCAAUGCAGACACCGUUCGUUCAGGGUUUAUGGCUAAAUAUCACUUCAUCAAAGUCGAGAAAAACGAUUCAGGGUGUGUUCAAGAUUGUCCUGCAGAUUGCGUCUGUGAACGACUAUCGGAACAAGCUGGUAUCGUUGUGUCAUCCACUACACUUAGAGCAGUCCCUGAGCACUUACCCAAAGACUCAAUCGCACUUUUGUUUUAUGGAAGCAAAAUCUUUCAACUCGAAUUGGAAAGCUUGAGUAAUCUACAACGUCUUGAAUACGUUGACUUGAGCUUUAAUAAAAUUCUCACAAUCGAACAGAAGUCCCUUAUGAACUUGCCAUCACUCAAGGUUUUGCGACUGAACAGAAACUACAUCAAGAAACUCGAAGAGGACAUAUGGGUCGACACAAGACACCUGCAAAGCAUAGAUAUUGGCGAAAACUUGAUAUCUUCUAUUGCAAGGAAUGCAUUCUCGAAUUUUAAUAACUUGUCUUUGCUGAGCCUUCGAAGUAACUCAAUCGAAGAACUCGAUGUGGACAUUUUUCAAAAUAACACAAAUCUUACUUACCUAUAUCUCCAUGACAACAAGAUCAGUGUUAUCCCAGAUGGUUUGUUCCGUAACCAGCAAAAAUUGAAAAUCCUAACCCUUCACUCUAACAAGAUCACGACAUUCAGCAAGUCGACAUUCAAGGGUCUCGAGAAUCUCAAUAACUUAACGCUUCACAAUAAUCCUAUCAAAGAAUCGACGAUUUCACAGGAUGUAUUUGAUAACUUGGACAACCUGAAACACUUGUCACUUGAUAGCUUCAUUCUGUGUUGUUACGCAUCCAAUUCAAUCCCCAACCUAGACUGUAAAUCAAAUGCAAACGCAUUCUCGAGCUGCGAUGACAUGUUAAAAAGGACGAUUAUCAGGGUGGGUAUUUGGCURCAAGCUAUCAUYGCCACUAUUGGCAACAUCUCGGUCAUCAUUUGGUGGACGCUUGGAAAAGAUAAAAGUAAACAAAGCGCUAAAGCCGACGUCCAGUCUUUUCUUUUGAUAAACCUUGCGUUGGCUGACUUCCUUAUGGGUAUYUACCUUAUGAUAAUCGCCAUACAAGACAUGAUAUUCAAAGGCUCCUACUUCAAGCACGAUGUUGAUUGGCGGUCAGGUGUCACGUGUAAGAUGGCAGGAGGUCUCUCAACGUUAUCAAGCGAAGUGUCAGUAAUGAUGCUGGUUGCYAUGACAGCAGAUCGCUUUAAUACCAUUAUAUUUGACUUCAGAGCCAAACGUCUGAACUUACGUUUUGCRCGCGURCUGUGCAUGUUCAUAUGGAUUGUAGGGUUCCUGAUUGCAUUCAUACCUGUGUUUCUACCGGAAUACUUCUCUGACGACAAAACUGGGUUUACGUUCUUUGGUCGCUCUACCGUCUGCUUGCCAUUCCAGUUAUCCUCAGAGUUGUCCGCUGGCUGGGAGUACUCCGUUGGUGUKUUYAUCGGUUUUAAUGGUGUUGCGAUCUUCUUUAUAUUCAUCGCGUACACAAUGAUUUUCUUUAAAGUGCAGCGAUCUGCCAGCCAAGUGCGCAAUUCAAGAACCAAGUCGUCUUCUUUGGGCAGAAGAGUCGUGUUUGUGGUGAUGACUGACUUUUGCUGUUGGAUGCCAGUCAUUGUUAUUGGUAUCUUAUCGCUCGCUGGUUCUUACACGGAUCGUUCUGGUGAGGUAUAUGCGUGGAUAGCAGUCUUCGUUCUGCCUGUGAACUCSUCCAUCAAUCCAAUACUUUAUACGUUUUCCACGCCACAAGUUAUCAAGAAGCUUAAGUCCAUUGGAAAACCUUUAUCAACUGCAUCUGAAGAUGUCGCACCUAAACUGGCCGGUCAGUUAGAUCAAUCAACAAACUCUACUCUAGCAGCAAAGACCCAUAACAUGUCCCAUAAGCCAAAAAUGUCGACAGCUCCAGGGAAAAUGAACUACUCAGUCAUGCAAGAAUACGAAAACCCAGCAUAUGAGAAUGAUGUACGGGCACAUAAUCACAACAUCGCCGAUCAGAAUUUGUACGAUAACGUACAGAAUGAUGUACCACCACAUAUUUACAACAUGGCCGAUCAGAGUUUAUAUGAUAACACAAAACUUUAAAGUUCCAUCAUUACCCAAGAACCUUUGCGCGGUUUUCCCGCGUGAGCGAAGUCAAAAAAACCCGUGAAAUAGAUAUAACUACAUCUUAGAACUCUUAGUAUAUGUUAUUUUCAAAAACUCUUACCGUUUGUUCUACGGAUUAUUGAAAAACAUUUCUGUUUAUUGGUGUCAAUUCCUGACAACUUUGAAUUAUAGCCAAACUUAUAGUUGAAAUCAAUAUGUAUAUAAGAAUAUUAUCAAUGAUUACACCAACGAUUCACACUGGAUAUGUGUUGUAAUUAGAACUUAAUAUUCAUUUUGAUUGUAAUUAAUAAAUAAAUGAUAAAUCACCUUG